UUUUGUCUGAUGGUGGGCUACUUACCUCAAAAACAGACUUUACAUGGUACCUUUUCAUUUCAUGUACACUAAAAUUGAACCAUAAAUUUUAACCAGCCCAUCACCACACAGCCAAAUGUUCAUGGGAGGGAGAAUGGCAGAGCUUUUAAGAAACAAAGAAGGAUUAACUAUCACAGAUCAACUUGAUUUUGGAAGUGUGAUUGUAGGAGAAUCCAAAACCUUGACUGUAUGGAUAAGCAACAACGGCGAAAAGGGACAAAUAUUUCAGUCUUGUACACCAGUUAGAGAUGAUCCUCAGUUUUGCAUCCAGUUGGCCAACAAACCUCUCUGUCAAUCAGAUGCACAGGGCAGCCAUUGUCGAAACAGAUCUUGUUCUGUUGAGGAACUGUUACUCCAAGGAUCCUUAUUAGCACCAGGAAUGGAAAUACCUCCAAACCAAGCCAAGCAAGUGGUCAUUAUAUUCAAUGCAAAAAACCUUGGCAGAGUCAAUCAUCUCUUAGUGUUCAACUUUGGAGGGUUUGAAAUUGGACGAUACAUUACUUCCAAUGUGGAGGAUCCUCAACAAGCUGCUCUGAGACCAUCAGCGCCAUACCAGCGGUCACACAACAGAACCAAAGAAGCUUGGAGAAAGGUUGCCGAUAGCAACAGUGGGGAAGGAUGGAUUGUGCCAGGAGAGAAGCCCUUAAGGUACACAAUUCCUUUAAACCAGGAUUAG